CGAACUACUCACAGCUCAGGCAAUGCAUAAGCUCGGAAAUGACCAGCAGGACCAUGUGUUCCACAACUUCGGAUUCUUUACUCACAAACACUCACUUGGAUACCCAUGUUUGUAAGACCAACCAGUCACCAUGAUGUCUACAGCCCCUCCAAGUUCGUGGUCGACGUAUGGCUUGUGAUUAUGAGGUAUCUAUCCGUCCUGGACAUCACGAGGCUCGGAAGUACAUGUCGAACAUUGCACGAAUUUGCUUCAUUACGACAUGUCUGGCGUGACGUCCUCUUUCAGCAUCGUUUCCUUGAUCAAUGUUAUCCCCAUCUGCGUUCAUGCUCAGCGGAAGACAUUCGUCACCAGCUGAAAACCGCUGCCCGACUAGACCACCUAUGGACACAGCCUAGCAUUGUCCCUAAGCGUCUUUACACGUUUCCGCUGGAUUUCUCUGGUGUAUUUCAAGGUCUCAAAUUUAUUCCGGGUGGGAAAUGGUUAUUCUUGCUCUUUCACUGUCGAAAUUCCAACCCUUCUCGACACUCCAAUCUGUGCUUAAUAAAACCAAGCACAGCAGCUGGAUUUCCCGCUGCAUCCACGACCGUUCAGAGCGAGAUGUGCUGGCUACCCUUCCUCGACCAAGACAUUCCGUAUAAAUCGUCUCGUGGUGACGACCUUAUGCUACUACGAACCAAGUGCAAUGACGGAUCCAAUGCCUUCGGAAUUGUGCAUUUGAAUACAAAGAUACCCUCAAUCACGAUACCCCUCAUUUUUCGCACCAACGUAUUUGUGCGGAACUAUGCAGCAUCAGGAGACUAUGUUGUUUAUGGCUGGAUUACCUCCGAUAGGAGGCAUUUCCUUCGCAUCAUGCAGCUAAAUGAGAAUUACGACAGUUUUCGAAAGGAUAUGACUGUUGAAAUUGACUGUCCAAAGGGACACGACGGCAAACUCCGCAUACGGUACGACUUACGCCUGUCUGGUCGGGUUCCGUGCAUCUUGCUCGUCAGCACGCGAUUGAUGGCUGCGUACAACAUUCCAUCCACUAUACCCAACAACUUCGAUGCGAAUCUACCACCAUUGCUUACGCCAUUCUGGCAGCUUCGCCCUGCUGCUGUGACCUUCGGACGCUUCGUCAAAGUGUUUCAUGAAGCAGCUAUAGUAUCUUUGUACGAAGGCCAGAUUCGAUUCAUACGACCUGACCUCGAUGCCUCAGAACCCAAUGCCCACUUCAUCGAGAAGUACGAUUUUGAGUCCCCACGUCCACAGAGCUCACAGUGGCCCUGCUUGUCGUCAGCGAAGCGCAUAUUCUGGCGUUCUCCCUUGCAUAAUCAGAAAGGGACGAUAUCUCAUUGGAAAAUGGCUAUCGAGACAAGCGCAGUCCCAGAAAAUGACCUACCCACUGGAAUAGUGCAGGAUUGGGAUGAGCUUUCGGGGAGACUUUGUAUCAGAAGCGUACAAAGUCGCUUUACGCAGGAUCCGAGGUGUCGAAAAACUGUUUGGCGGGUUACAUUGGUAGAUUUUGUUUGAGUCACCCUAAUCUAAUAUGCUAUACUAUCUUGAGACCAAGGUGCGGGGACACGUUGCGUAUCAGUUAGCCAGUUUUUUAUAUACAUGUAUGUCCAUCAGAGUAGUACUCUAUGAUUCAAAGUUGAACGUUCAACCGUUCAGCUAGAUUUGUACGUUCA